UCAUCAUAUAAACCCAAGGCACAGUCACAUACCCAGGGAUACGAGACACUACAGACUCCCGAGAGACACAACACAGAAUUGCACCAUGCCAAACUACAAACUCACUUAUUUUAAUAUGAGGGGGAGAGCAGAAAUUAUUCGUUACAUAUUUGCUUAUUUGGACAUACAGUAUGAAGACCACAGAAUAGAACAAGCUGACUGGCCUGAAAUCAAAUCAACUCUCCCAUUUGGAAAAAUCCCCAUUUUGGAAGUUGAUGGACUUACCCUUCACCAGAGCCUAGCAAUAGCAAGAUAUUUGACCAAAAACACAGAUUUGGCUGGAAACACAGAAAUGGAACAAUGUCAUGUUGAUGCUAUUGUGGACACACUGGAUGAUUUCAUGUCAUGUUUUCCUUGGGCAGAGAAAAAGCAAGAUGUGAAAGAGCAGAUGUUCAAUGAGCUGCUCACAUAUAAUGCGCCUCAUCUUAUGCAAGACUUGGACACAUAUUUAGGGGGGAGAGAGUGGCUUAUUGGUAACUCGGUAACUUGGGCAGACUUCUACUGGGAGAUUUGCAGUACCACACUUUUGGUCUUUAAGCCUGACCUGUUAGACAUCCAUCCAAGGCUGGUGACUUUACGGAAGAAAGUCCAAGCCAUUCCUGCCAUCGCUAACUGGAUAAAACGAAGACCCCAAACCAAACUCUAGCUGAUCCAUGUUGCCUUUAAGUUUAUUUUUCUCAGGGGCAUCUCUCUCAUCAGAUAAGACAGCUACAUCAGCCUGCCAGAUAAUCCACAUGCUCCCUCCCCAGCUCCACUAAGAUUUUCACUUUAGCCAUAUUCUGAUUUUUAAAAAGGAAAACAAAAACAAAUAUUUCUUCAGUAUCUUUUUCUUUCAGAAUAGCUUCACAUCAUUUACAAUUACAGAAAAAUAGUAUGUAAUACAGGCAGACCUUGCUUUGCACAGGUUCUAACAUGCACGAAUUGCAGUCAUAAUUGUUUAGCAACACCAUUCUUCCCCUCCCCCAAAAUGGUUUGGACUUCAGCUACCACAAUUACCUGUAAUUGCAUAAAACACAAACUUUGCUAGUAGCUCUCCAGUUCACAUAUACCUGUGUAAGUAACCUAUGUACAUCAUGAACGAUGACCAGUCACUUCUAUCAAAGACGCCAGAGGUCACUGCACAUCUGUUAUUCCUGCAUAGAUAGCAAAGUGUGUAGUUGUAUUGCUAUUGCCUGCUUGUGGCCCAGUGAUAAAUCUCUUUGACAUUUUACAAAAAUGAAGAAUCAAAAGAGGGAACUCCCCAACAAAGAUGAAAGUGCAGCAAAGGAACAAAAACUGAUAAUCCUGGAAUGAAAUUCAAACUGAAUAUAAAGGGAGUUAUCGAGAAAAGACCUGACUGUGGGAAUCUGACACGGCUCAAAAGGCUCUAGAUAUGCAGCCAGAGAAACUUGUAAAGAUGAAUUUACUGACAUGAAUAAAGUUGUGAUGAGAAAAAUGUAGAUACCCCAGAGAUCAAGAGACUGAGAAGACACGCCACAGACUUGGAGAAAAUACUUUUAAAACAUGUAUCUGACAAAAGACUGUUAUCCAAGAUUAUAUAGAACUCAUA